ACAUCUCUCCUCCUUCGGCGCUCUCCCUGUGUCUCUCCCCUACGAUCCAAGACAACAAAUUAACACUCCCAGCUCUGCUAACCAGGAUCAAAAAAAAAAAAAAAAAAAGCUCUGCUAACCACCGACCCAUCUCUCUCUCUCUCUCUCUCUCUCUCCUGCCCAUAACCGCCGUCAGAUCUUCACUCCCCCACCCUCUCUGUCUUCCACAACAACCAAAUAUACCUACGUAUAUACGUAUAGAUACAUAUCUAUCUACACAUAUAUGUAGAUAGAUAGAUAUACAAACACAGUCAUCGUCAAUCUCGAUUUCUCCGUCAACUUGGAAGUAAAGUAGUAGUAGUAGUAGUUGUGUAAAAUGACUUGUGAAAACUAGGGUUUUUUUUUUUUUUAUGGCGAUGGAGGGUUCUCACAGUUGGAGGGACUCCUACAAGGGCAUGUCCUCUGACAAUAUCAAGGGCUUGGUGUUGGCACUUUCGUCGAGCUUCUUCAUCGGGGCUAGCUUCAUCGUUAAGAAAAAGGGAUUGAAGAAAGCCGCUGUAUCCGGAAUUAGGGCAGGUGUUGGAGGUUACUCGUAUUUGUAUGAGCCACUAUGGUGGGCGGGCAUGAUAACAAUGAUUGGUGGAGAAAUUGCUAAUUUUGCGGCUUAUGCAUUUGCACCAGCUAUUCUGGUUACUCCUCUUGGUGCACUCAGCAUUAUUAUCAGUGCUGUUCUUGCACAUAUCAUUUUAAAGGAGAAGUUACAUAUUUUUGGGAUUCUUGGUUGUGCUCUUUGUGUUGUGGGUUCUACUACGAUUGUUCUGCACGCUCCUCAAGAAAGGGAGAUUGAAUCCGUGAAAGAAGUGUGGGACCUUGCUACAGAGCCGGGUUUUCUCUUGUAUGCAGCCGUGGUGCUAACAGCUGUCUUCCUGCUUAUAUUUCACUAUAUUCCUCAAUAUGGCCAGACGCAUAUUAUGUUCUAUAUUGGAGUUUGUUCUUUAGUUGGUUCUUUAUCGGUCAUGAGUGUCAAAGCACUAGGAAUUGCCUUAAAGCUAACGUUAUCAGGAAUGAACCAGCUGAUAUAUCCCCAAACAUGGGCUUUUACUCUUGUAGUGCUUACUUGCAUAAUUACCCAGUUGAAUUACUUGAACAAGGCCCUCGACACAUUCAACACAGCCAUAGUAUCACCCAUCUACUAUGUCAUGUUUACAUCUUUUACCAUUUUGGCCAGUGUCAUCAUGUUUAAGGACUGGGACAGGCAGAAUCCAACUCAGAUUGUAACAGAGAUGUGCGGCUUUGUGACAAUCCUGUCGGGAACCUUCCUUCUUCACAAAACGAAGGACAUGGCUGAUGGUUUAUCUUUGUCUCCAGGAUCCAUGCGACUCUCCAAGCACACUGAUGAAGAGGAUGGUUUUGGACAGGAAGGCAUUCCUCUCAGGCGGCAGGAUUCAUUGAGAUCACCGUAGCCUAUUGUUUAGAACUAAUGUGCUUUGCGGAAGGACCCUCCUUGGUAAUGUCAACUUGUAUUUUGUAAGCACUGGAUCCCACCCCAAAUGUCCUUUCCCAGUUGGAGUAGAACGGGAAAGCUUUUCUAUUUGUUCAUUCUUUGGUGGUCACUCUUUAGGAUCACGAGGUGCAGCUUUCUUGAUAAAAAGAAAAGAAAAGGUGCAGCUGUGAGAUUCCAGACUCCUUUCCCCUCGAUACAAAGGGCUACUCGUGCAAAUGUAACUUGGAAUAUGAUGGUUAUAUAAGAUGGAAUAUUUUCUUCA